GAGAUCCUGCAGCCCCCAAAGGCUCUUCCUGAUCCUCAACAGCACAGCCAGGGAGUGGAAGUCCUUCCGCACAUGUUUUGUAAAAUGACUACUCGCAGCCCAAAUUUAUGAUGGGAAGCAGAGCUGCCCUGACACCCUGACAUUGCAAAUCGUCCUUUGAGCAGCAGCAGCGAGAGGUUCCGACUGCAUUCCGGGCAGGUGGGAGCGUGGCCGUUGGUGCCGGACCGGGCCGGGACCGGGACAGGAUCGGGACCGGGACAGGAUCGGGACCGGGGCCGCCGCCGCCAUGUCCUCCAGCGGCUGCACCUUCGAGGAGCGCAGGGUGAGCGUGCUGUGCUGCCGCUUCUGCCGGCAGGUGCUGAGCUGGCGCGGCAUGCAGGCCGUGCUGCUGGCCGACACCGACACCGACCUCUACUCCACCGACAUCCCGCCCUCGGGAACUGUGGAUUUCAUCGGGAGCUGCUACUUCACUGAAAUCUGCAAAUGCAAACUGAAGAACAUCGCCUGUUUGAAGUGUGGGAAUGUUGUUGGCUACCACGUGAUCCAUCCCUGCAAGCCCUGCCUGCUGUCCUGCAACAACGGCCACCUCUGGAUGUUCCACAGCCAGGCAGUGCUUGGCAUCAACAGGCUCGACCCUUCUGGUGUGAAUGUGUUGCUCUGGGGCAACCUGCCAGACCUGGAGGAGAGCACAGAAGACACAUCCUGCACCUCUGAGGAGGAGUACAUCAGAUAAAUUCCACCUGCAGGAUCUUCCCUCCACUUGUGGCCUGGCUGUUUGGUCUGGAUUUAUUUCAUUUCACCUGCUGGCCCAGCAGAGCUUAAAACAACAGGAAAAAAACCCAGGAAAUCUGGAAAAAAAUUUAAAAAAGGAAUUCUUGUUGUUCUUUCCCUGUAACCUCCCCUGGACUGCUGAAUCUGCCUGGUGUGCAUCCCUGAGCAGGUGGAAAUGCAAACACAAAGUGCAUUAACUGAGCUCUGGUUUGCUUUUUAUUCUUUACCCUCUACAGCUGAUAAUCCUUCUUUUCUUCUUCCCCACAGCACUUUGCACAGAGCAAAACUUCUCAGCUGCUUUCAGCUUUAAAAAAACCUUCAGGAACAAUCAGGGGGAGUUCUGAGCUCAGCUCUGUGCUGAGUUUUGCUGCCCUGGCUCUGUGAUCUCCUGCACUUUGCAGCUUUUCUGCACCUCAGGCACCCCAGGAUGCUCCUGGAUGUGCCCUGGGAAGCUCUUGGAGCCUUUCUAGUUUUAUUUUUCAAUACUUUCAGGAUUCUGUCUCCACAGAGAUCAAGUUCAUGUUUUUUCCUUGAUAAAACUGAAAUUCUGCAGUUUUUUAGUAGAAUUUUGAGGCUAUGUUGGAGUUUUUCUUCAGGGCAGCAAUAAAACCCAUCCACUCACAGAUAUAUAUAUAAUAUAUCUUUUCCGUGCUCCAAUACAAAACUCAGUCAGGAAAUUGGGUCUUUCUAGAGAAAGGAAAAAAAAAAAAGAGAGAUCAGGUUAAAUAUUUGGUGUUCAUGCCUGAUUUCCAUCCUGAGGUGCACACACAACCUGGUUCCUGUAGGUGAUGAAUUCAAAGCUCAUUUUCUGAGUUGUUACUAAACCGUGAUAUUUAAUUUCUGAACUAAGAACUGUCCCCUUCAGCUACUCACCAAUAAAAAAUUUCAGGUAAAAUCAUGUCAGAGAACAGAGGACCCUUUGAAAUUUGGAUUAAUGCUGAACAAAUCACUGUAGCCUCUUGUGAUGAUGAAAGGGGUGCAGAGAAGACAGGUCUGAAUUGUCUCAGUAUUUUUACUGCUCAUUAUACAUUUCUUCAUUAAUGGUACUACCUCUUCUGCACUGUUUCAGUGUCUGUUGGUGUAUAUUUGUAUGUGUGUGUCUUGUUUGGAAUUCCUGUCUUGUGUCUGCCCAGGAAAUAAAAGCUUUGGACUCUGGA